AUGUUGUAUGGACGACCCUAUGAAAUACAGAAAGGGGUGUCUGUGCAAGCUGGGGACGAAAUUGUGACCUCUUACAUGGUAGCACUGAGAAUAGCUAAUACCGGAUGGGGAAAUCUAACAGGGAGUUGUUAUCUUCCUCCUCCUCGGGAGCCGUCCAAUUGUAAUCUCCCUGACGGGCGUUGGUACCUUUGUGCAAACGGGGAGGCACAUAAGAGUUUACCUAUCGAUUGGUGGGGAGAAUGCACAGACGGAAUAAUAAUCCCACAAACACUCCCUAUCUUAGGAAAAUUACAGGGAAUAUUCUGAUCCCCAUGGCACCACACGAGGACUAAAAGAACCUCUAACCCUCUUAUAGAACGAGGCACCACAUUCCACAGUGUGGUACGAUGGCUUUUCCCAAUGCUUGGAGUAUCUGAAUUGGAAAAAGCAAUAGUCAAUGUAUCAGCGGUGGUCGAGACUUUAGCCAAUACUACUGCUGACUCUCUAGGAAAAUUACAAGCCGAAAUUGAUUCCUUGGCAAAGAUAACGAUACAAAAUCGCCUUGCAUUAGGUAUGUUAACCGCAAAGGAAGGGGGAUGCGUACUUAUAAAUCAAAGCUGUUGUGCUUAUUUAAAUGAAAGGCAGCAAGUAGAGACAGAUAUUGGAAAGAUUUGGGAAAUUUCUAAGGAGUUACAUCUUAUCACUAUGGAUGACACAUCAUGGAGAUUUUCUGAGAUAUGGGAAAAACUAACUUCCUGGUUGCCAUAUUUAACAUGGCUAAAACAACUGUUUGUGACAGCAAUAGUA